AUGGAGACGAUUUAUCCUAAGAUUGAAGCCGGCUGGGCCUCUCUCGUCUCAAGCUACUCUCCCACAACGAUAGAAUUUGUCGGAACCUCUCUCGUCCAGCUGGUGGCCUUCUGGAUACCGUCCGCAAUCUAUCUCAGUCUCGAUAAAUGGGCCCCGGAGUUCUCCCAAAGACACAAGAUCCAACCAGCUCCAAAGCAGCCCACAGCCAAGGAGAUAUGGCACUGCUUCUUCUACGUACUGAAGAACCAGCUGCUUUCCACAUCACUACACAUACUCCUGCUCACCCUGGUCCAUAAAAACAUCAUCCCACCUUCAUAUCAGGUGCUUCCGACUUUGCCACCAUUCGCAAUCGUGGCCCGAGACUUUGUGCUUAGCAUAUUAAUGCGUGAAGCCCUCUUCUACUACGCUCAUCGACUCCUCCAUUACCCGUACUUUUAUGUCAGGAUUCACAAGCGGCACCACAAGUUCACUGCUCCUGUAGCCCUGGCGGCCCAAUAUGCCCACCCACUGGAGCAGAUAGGAGCAAAUGUGCUGCCGAUUACUCUUCCUCCGCAAAUACUCAACAGCCAUAUCAUUACCUUUUGGUUAUUUAUGAGCUAUGAGCUAUUCAAUACCGCAACUGUGCAUAGCGGGUAUGACUUCUUAAGUGGAAAGGCCAAGAUGCAUGAUUUGCAUCAUGAGAAGUUCAAUUUGAACUACGGAUCUAUUGGGUUUUUGGACUGGUUCCACGGGACAGAUAGACUGAGAAGCAAGGAGAAAAAGAACAACUAA